AUGUUCGAAACGCCCUUGGAGCUCUCCCUAGCCCGCUUUCCGCUCUCGGGGCUCGGCGCUAUGAGCCGGUUAACUGUGAUAGAAUUGUUCUUAUGUAUCACAUUGUUUCAGUUACUUCAUAAAAUAGUUGAUGGCAUAUGUGGCCGUGCAUAUCCUCGAUACCAGGAUUAUGGCAGUAUUUGGAGCUUGUCGGAGUGGAUGGAGAUUUUAGAAGAAACAAUGAUUCAUUUCAAAACUGUGGUUGGCAAAAACAUAUCUGAUGAAGAGGCUGCUCAGCGGAUAAGUGAGUUAAAUGCAAACUAUCAAGAAGCAAUCACAAAAUGUCUAAAAGGCAGAAAAGAAGAAAUUAGGAAUGCACUAGUGGAAAGAGUAAAUGCAAUCUCUUCUGCCCAGCUGCAGGAUUUUGACUGGCAGUUAAAGCUUGCUCUCUCCAGUGAUAAGCUCUCCAUGCUGCAAAUGCCACUUGUUAAUCUCGAUUUGGAUGUGAGAGAAAAUGGUGAAAUUAAACCAAUUUCUAUAGAGAUGAAUAAGGAAGAGUUGCAGAACCUAAUAAAUGCAUUGGAAGCCGCUAAUAAGGUUGUCUUGCAACUGAAAUGAUGGAAUUCAGAUCAUUGACGGUGUCUGCUGGUGAUGACUCCCCUGUUGACUUGGGGGGGCAGGGAAGUUCUCUGCAAAGCCAAAAGUUGUUGAUGUUAUAAAAUACUGAAGUGAGAAGGCCGUUAGGACUUGUGACCAAAUAAACUACUAAUCCUUUGAUAAAAA